GAGACUGGAGGUUGCCUUUGUACGUGUGCGACCUCUCUCUCUCUCUCUCUCUCUCCGUCCAAAAAUCCUUCGGGGAGAGAAAAUGGCGUUUUCUUUCUCCAGUGGCUGCUCAACGCCGUUUCUUAAUCCCUCUCUCAAACCCAAGGAGACCCAACCAAAAGGACUGAAGGUAUUCUCCUUGAUUCAUCCAAGGAGAGGUUCUCUGAUGAAAUCCUCAAAUGGGUACCCUCUCUUUGCUGCCUCCUCAAACGAUUACACGUCCUUCUUCCUCCGGCGAGCUGUAAUGUCCGUGCUCAUCGGCCUGCUACCUGGUUGCUGCUUCAGAGGCUCAGCAGCAGAACAAACUGUUGACACGCUAAAUAAAACCCAGUCUGUGCAGCUGUCUAGAUCAGAACAAAAUCAAAAUGAAACUACAGUUAGUAUUACAGUGGUUGGAGCUUCUGGUGAUCUUGCCAAGAAGAAAAUAUUCCCAGCUCUUUUUGCUCUCUUUUAUGAAGAUUUCCUUCCUCAGCAUUUCACAAUUUUUGGAUAUGCUCGUAGUAAAUUAACCGAUGAGGAGCUUAGAAUCAUGAUAAGCCAAACCUUGACUUGCAGAAUUGAUAAGAGGGAAAAUUGUGGCGACAAGAUGGAACAUUUUUUGCAGAGAUGCUUCUACCAUGAAGGACAAUAUGGCUCAGAAAAUGAUUUUUCAGAAUUAAAUAAAAAGCUUAGGGAAAAAGAGGCAGGGAGAUCACCAAAUAGGUUAUUUUACCUCUCAAUUCCUCCAAAUAUAUUCAUUGAUGUAGUGAGAUGUGCUAGCCGCUCUGCUACUUCUCCUAUGGGAUGGACCAGAGUCAUCGUUGAAAAGCCAUUUGGUCGCGACUCUGAAUCAUCUGCAAAGCUCACAAAGUCUCUGAAACAGUACUUAACUGAGGAUCAAAUAUUCAGAAUCGAUCAUUACUUGGGGAAAGAGCUCGUGGAGAAUCUAUCAGUUCUUCGGUUUUCCAACCUGGUAUUCGAGCCGUUAUGGUCUCGGCAAUACAUCAGAAAUGUUCAACUUAUAUUCUCUGAAGAUUUUGGAACAGAGGGCCGGGGCGGUUACUUUGAUAGCUAUGGGAUAAUCAGGGACAUCAUGCAGAACCAUCUCCUCCAAAUCUUAGCUUUAUUCGCGAUGGAGACACCUGUCAGUUUAGAUGCUGAAGACAUUAGGAAUGAAAAGGUUAAAGUCUUACGAUCAAUAAGGACUUUGCAGCUUGAGGAUGUUGUUGUGGGACAAUAUAAGGGCCAUAAAAAGGGUGGAAUAUCUUACCCUUCAUACACGGAUGACCCUACAGUACCAAAAAACAGUCUUACUCCAACAUUUGCAGCUGCGGCUCUUUUCAUUGACAAUGCUAGAUGGGAUGGUGUACCUUUUCUCAUGAAAGCUGGAAAGGCAUUGCAUACCAAGCGAGCAGAGAUUAGAGUUCAGUUCAGGCAUGUACCUGGUAACUUGUACAAAUCCAAAUUUGGGAGUGAUUUGGAUAGAGCUACUAAUGAGCUCGUGAUCCGUGUGCAACCUGGUGAAGCAAUAUAUUUGAAGAUAAAUAAUAAGAUCCCAGGGCUCAGCAUGAGAUUAGACCGCAGCAAUCUGAAUCUCCUUUAUUCAUCAAAAUAUCCAGCAGAGAUACCAGAUGCAUAUGAGAGGCUUCUCUUAGAUGCAAUUGAAGGAGAGCACCGACUUUUCAUCAGAAGCGAUGAGCUUGAUGCAGCUUGGGCCCUCUUCACGCCGGUGCUAAAGGAACUGGAAGACAAAAAGAUUGUGCCAGAGCUUUAUCCAUAUGGAAGCACUGGACCGGUUGGAGAACACUAUCUCGCUGCAAAAUACAACGUUCGAUGGGGAGAUCUCAAUGGUGAAGACUCAUAGGCUACUUCAUUUGUGAUCUCCUUUAUCCUUCAAAUGUACACUAAAUAUAUUUUUUGAAGUCUAAAAGUUACAUAGUGUGUACAUCUAAUUAAAAUGCGUUCAAAGAUAUAUGAUGUAUUACUUUUCUUAAUCUCCAAUAUCCUAUCUACUUCUACCUGAA